AUGGCUUUACUUGCUUCUUCGCCCAAGAAGGUGGUCCGCGCUCGAGCUAUCUCCCAACCCACUACACUGCCUGCCAAUUCUCAACCUGCUUCUGCUCCUGCCACUCCUUCUACUCCCGCUUCUCCUCCUCCUGCUCGUCGUCCUCUAUCUCUUGUUCCUCGUCAGCCCAAAAACAAGAGAAGUGGAAAAAGAGAGCACCGAAAGAGGCUCCAUGAAGCAGUCCAAACUUCCCCCGACGAGCUAAAGAAUAGCAUGAUGAAAACAGCUGAGACCUACUUCAAGGAUAAAACGACCUUGGUUGACAUCUCAGUGCAUCUGAUCAACAGUCAACCUCUCGACGAAACUAUUCACGAGGGCUUGUGGAAACGAAGUGUUGAUAUAUUCGCAAAUACUGAUUCCAAAGCAUCUCGAGCGCGCCGCCUUGAGGAAGGUCGAGCUGUAUUACAAACAGAGUGCUCUACGAAUGACUAUGCCAAGCGAUUGAGCAUGCUGCUGUCCCGUAUUGAAAUUGAUGAGAUGACUCUUUCAGUUCCAGAUAAUGAGUGCCGGCAGGGUGUCGGCAAAGCGACAAUAGCCAAUGAACAGUAUGCAAAGGAAGCUAAUGUGGAUUCUGAAUAUGUAUCAACAACUAAAUCUCGGAGCCGCAACUAUGCUCGUCUUGUAAUCAAAAGUGGUCCUGGAAUUUUGGCAUGUUUGGAUGGACAAGAUUCAAGAACGUGGGAGAGGCGCUCUCUAGAUGUUGACCUGCUGCUUAAGUUUGUGAAAGAAAAGUAUCCUAAACGGGAGGAGACCUUUCGCCGCCAUGACCGAAUAUGCGCAAAGGCGAUGCUCAGUGGGCUUAGAGCUUGUGGAUGGACGGACAACCAGAUUUUGCAGAGUAAGGGAAAAAUGCUGACGGCCAUGAGAAAAUAUUUCAUUGAGCUCGUGCAGGGAGAGACGAGCAAAGAGUACGACGAGCCCAGCAGCAAACGGCCAUGUCGCGGCUUGCAGGCACAUAUGCCUAGAGUUAAUUCAUUAGGAGACCUGGGUCCUCAUAUAAACUCACAUGGCAACAUUCCAAUGCAAGUUCUCGCUGCUGCUGCAACUUCGGAAACCCAACGCGACAGACCGCACAUCGCACAGCAGGUUGUUGAUACAAUUCGAUCCUUACCUUCCGCAAACUCACAGUCCGCACCCACAGAACUCAAUCAUACAACGAAUUCAAGGGCUACCGUGGAGGAUUUGGCUAUCCCAGCUGAGACACUGCUGUCGACUGUAUCCCCGCAGCCUCGUUUGAAUGGCCUGACCGAAACAAACGGUAUGAAUAUUGAGCAGCCGAGGCCUUCCAGAAAUUACCCCCAGAGUACGUCGCAAGGAAAAUCUACAGCCAACAAACCGUACCAAAAUGUUUACAUUCAAUCAGGCAAUACAGGUACGCGAAGUAUAUUGCCUCGAAGCAUAGUAUUUCAGCCAGCGAAUUCGGCGCCGGUAGCACGACCGAACGUUACUGGAAGCGAGCAGGGGUGUCAGCGGCAGCUUGGAGAGCGCAGGAAUCCGUUAACCCCGACAUUCCCGCCAUCCCCAAGCCCUAUGUCUGAUGGCUCCGGUUCGAAUAACGCGAGACAGGAAUUUGUACCUCAAGCUGCCCCUCACAAUUUAGACUUCAACUGCUUUGAUAGUGCAAUGGAAGCCUUCGCCUGUCGGGUCGUCCCCUACGGUUCGGACUUCAACGACCUUGGCAAUGUAAACGACGAAAUGCAGCUGUUCGCAUCUCAGGACGCAGUCGCUCUCGCGUCGGGCUUUGAAAAUUUUGGAAGUGCAAACUAUGAAAUGCAGCAGUUCGCAUCUCAAGGCGCUAAUCUCUAUGUUUCGGACAGUACAGCGUAA